AUGAAGCAAUAUUUGAACUAUUACAAGAUGAGGCUGAGAACAUCGAGGUUAGGCUAUCUGUUACUUCAGUUCACAGCGCUUUGCUUUUACGCACAGAACACUGUGCAGUCCCCUCCUAAUUUCAAGCACCACGUCACCGAGCAGAGUCGACUGUCGGACCGCACGAGCCGCAGGUUGACGCGAACCUACCAGCUGUACAGCCGCACCAGCGGGAAGCACGUCCAGGUCCUGGCCAACAAGCGGGUCAACGCCAACGGGGACGACGGGGCGGUGCACGCUAAACUGGAGGUGGAGACGGACUCCUUUGGAAGUCGUGUUCGCAUUAAAGGGGUCAAGACGGGAUACUACAUAUGUAUGAACAAAAGGGGGAAGCUGAUCGGGAAGCGGAAAGGACGAGGCAAAGACUGCAUCUUCACCGAGAUUGUUCUGGAAAACAACUACACGGCGCUGCAGAACGCCAAGUACGGCGGCUGGUACAUGGCUUUCACACGCAAGGGCCGUCCGAGGAAGGCCUCAAAGACUAAGCAGCAUCAGAGGGAGGCCCACUUCAUGAAGCGUCUACCCAGGGGGCACUUGCUGAGCGAGAGGAGACCGUUUGAUGUCCUUCCUCUCCGUGUCCCCACGCACCCUUUGAGCAAGCGGACUAAACAUUCCCAUCACCAGCGCUCAGGGGGCCGCUGA